UCAAGGCGCUCUCAACUUUGUACAUGUCGGGUUACAACUUAACGUCAGACAAACAACUGUGAGGAAACAAAGAAAAACAAUUACGUAAGGCCUCCUCCUGUCAUGCAGUGUUUGUGAAUCUUUUUUUGCCUAUGGUCCAGCCAGUUUAACUUCAUUCUCUAUCGGCCUCAAUUUUCCCUUAACUCCACCUUUCGUGAAGAUGUGUGAGUUUUUACUUCUUCGCUUAACCCAGGUGAGACUUUAUUAGGUGCAACGUUGGAGCUGAUGACAGCUGUAACAAUGCUGUAUGAAUGAAGAGCUGAGAUGCUUGACAGCCUGACAUUGACAAUCGUGGUGCAGAGGCUGGCUCUCCUCUGGCUAGCGCCGCCCUGUGAAGCCUCCUCCCUUGGCCUCACUGUCCACGUUGUGCCCUUGCAAAGUGAUGGAGGGCAAUCGGUGAGAGCUCAUUUUACCGUGAUUGCAUCCAAUCCAUGCCCUCCGUUAACUGGACUGUGUACUGAAGGGGACAACUGCAUCCUUCACAAAGCCUCCUCCCCCUUCAGUGGCGCCAAACCCAAUUCAGGAUGGUGCGUUCGCCAAUGGGAGCAAGUGGUCCCCAGUAACUACAACAGCACAAUCAGUUUGAGUUCCAGCACCACCUUUUAUGUAUCAGUGAAGGCAGAACCACAUAUACGUGCAAACUCUGGGAAACUCAAUCAACCUGCUUUUGUUGCAUUGCCUCCUCCAAUAAGGACCCGUGAGAACUGCCCUCACCACAUCCAACUGUCAGUGAAAGAUCCGGAUGGUGACAGGGUACGAUGCCGGUUUGCUGUGGAAGAACAAGGAGAGUGUCUCAACUGUACUCCACACGCUUUUAUCGAGCUAAACGAGGAUGCAUGUGCUUUGACGUUCGCUGAAAACGCACCAGUUGGCCAGUAUUCCAUCUACAUGAUGGCAGAGGACUUCAUUCCGACCCCCAAAGUCAGCCAAACCAGUGAGAGGCAUCCACUAAGCUCUGUUCCGGUGCACCUGUCCCUCACCGUGGAACCGUCUUCCUCCAGCUGUACACAUGACCAUGUGGCAACAGGAAAGACCCCAAGAAAGGAUGCAACAUUUAAUGUCCUGCCAUUCGAGGAUGUGAAGUUUGCGGCCGAAUUCAUGUCCCAACGAGAAAGUGUCUCAGAAAUAGCAGUCGUAGGCCAACCCGGACUCAUUGUGUAUGGCUUCACUUCAAUUGGUGCCAUGUCACAAAUUUUCAUGUCCUGGGUCCGUGGGGAAAACAGUCUCUCUCAUCUUCUUCCUAUCUGCUUUGUUGCCAAUUCCAUGAGUUUACAGUCAGAGCCUCACUGUGUGUGGUUGUACCAAAGAGAAAUGAGGACACUUCCUGAUGGGACAGAGCUGAUUUGUAAUAAGACCGAGAUGACACUGGUGCUUCCUGUUGCCUCACUGAGCAACAUCAACCUGACCGAGCUUCAGCUCAACAGCCCCGCUUGUCCCGUCAUCUUCAACGACACUCAUCUCACUGCUCGCAUUGCUUUGGAUGGCUGUGGCACCAAAACCGUGCAUGCUGGUACAGAGCUGGUCUACACCAACACCUUGAAAAGUGUCCGUCCUUCCUCCAUCAUCAGCCGUCGGCCCUCCCUCAUUCUCCCACUGGCUUGCCGCAUCCCUGCAGUCCAAGCCAGAGGCCCAAAUUUCAACAUCGCUGUUUCCACAACAGUCUUUGAUGACGCUGAUGUUCGGCUAGAAUUUCACUUGCCAGGAGAAGGGCCCUUGGCUAUAUACACAAACCAUCCACAAUUCAAACAUCUUGGUCUUUUGCCAGGACAAAUGCGGCGGGAUUCAGCACCAGUGCGUCAUAUCCGUGCUUUCCAAGCGCAACUUGGGUCCAGGAUUAAAGAGCUGGACCUCCAUUUGCUCUCCAACACGACUCUGGAGCGAGCUGAGCUUAAUAUCAAACGCUGUGUGCAGUCUGGGACUGACGACUUUGCUGAAAGUAGCAUUAUUUUAGAGAAUGGGUGCAAAGCUUCCAGCACAACAAAAGAGAUUCGAGCAACAAGCCAUGCAAGAAUCUUUCGCCUUGAUUUGUCCGACCUGGUUGCAGUACAAAAUAUGCUGUACGUGAAGUGUGAGUUGGACUUGUGCAUUAGCUCCCUUCCCUCUCAAAAGUGCGCAAGACAGUGCAACCAGGGGUUGUUAAAUAGAGCAUCUGUGGAAAUUCUGAGCAAGAACUUCACCGUCAAGUCAGGACCUGUGAGCCUUGUAGUAACCACACCAGCUCCAUCUUUAAGUGUUGCCACUGGCACAAGUGCUGCAGCUGAAGUCACCAGCACCUCAAGUGCUCCAGGGCAAGUCUAUUUCAUGGCAGUGGGAUUGAUCCUGAAUAUCUUCUGCAUAUAUCUUCAAUACACCUUGAUUCACUAAAUUUUGAUGGGAAAUUUAGCAUAGUCUCUGUCUGUACAAGAAUAAUAGAUGAUGAAGCUGAUUAUGACAAAAGCCACUAAGUCAGUAAAGUAUUUUGCCUAGUCAGAUACUACUUUGGACCUUUUGUUGGGAAAUUUUUUUUUUUCAUUGAUUUACCCUUUGUUUUAGACUUUAACUAUUAUUAACUGACAGGUGUAAUAAAAUAAUUAAGCAAUGGCAAUAAAGAUUCUCAUUCUAA